UUGUGCUCGUCAUUAGUGUGAUCUUGGGAAGUUUCACUUUAGUUUUAGAGCUGGAGAGGAAUCGUCUGUUGGACUGAAAGAGUUUCAUGAUGAAGGUCGCUCUGGUGUUCGCAGCUCUGGCUGCUCUCUGCUGCUCUGUCCACUGCAAAAUCUCUGCACCGAAGGUGGUGGUGUACAGCCGUGACCCCGGACAGUUUGGACAAGCCAACACCUUUAUCUGCCACGUCAGCAACUUCCACCCCCCCGACAUCAACAUCGAGCUGCUGAAGAACGGGGAGGUGCUGCCGGACUCCACCCAGACAGACCUGGCCUUCAAGCAGGACUGGCACUUCCACCUGACCAAGAGCGCCCCCUUCACCCCGGCGCAGGGCGACAAGGUGCUGUGUCGGGUCACCCACAUUGGGAGCAGCAAAGAGUACACCUGGGACUCGAACAUGUAACCACACAAGUCCUGGAGUGACGCCCGAGGUUUUGUCUUCAGCUUCAACAUCUCACCUUCAAUCAGCAGCUUUCCAGCAUGAAUUCUUUUAAUGAUUUUAUUGUUUAAAUCUUUAUAACAUAACAUCCAGGUGACAGGAAGUUUUCAAGAAGGUUUUUUUUUGUAGCUAUAUGCAGGAAAGCUAAUACCUUCUAUUUUAAAGAAAUCUAAUCAGUUAAUCAGUUUUCUGUGCAAAAUUCAGCAAUAGUUGUAAUAUUUUCCAUAUGCAGUCUUUUUAUUUGAAUUUGUAACUUUGUUUCAUGGAUUGUUUAUAUCUAAUCGAUUUACUGGGGAAUACCGCUGUACAUUUUCUGAUGUCAUACACAAAUAAAAUACCUAU